AUGCAACGCGUCCGUCAAUGGGAGUCGGCCCAAGGCAGAAAGAGGUCAACGGGGCGCGAGCAUCCCAAAGGAUCAGCCAAGUCGAAGGCCAGGAAGAAGUCUGCAGACUCCGAGACGACAGUGCGCAAUGAAGCAAAAGUCAGCUGCGCCAAUGACCCUCUCAAUCUUGCCGAGAGCGACAGAACCACACUGAUCCGUUCUCCUCGUCAAUCGCCGCGUCUCAACCUCAGUCCAGGCGUCCACGAGUUCGAUCCGUUUGACACUCUGCCAACCAAUACAUUACCCCACCAGUCGUCGGAAAGCCUGUUGCAAUACUGCUUUGACGUGAUGCUUCCCAUGACAUUCUCCGUGGAGGUCAAGCGGACCCGUGAUAGAAUAGCUCGACAAGGGCUGGUCCUCAGCAGCAAAAUCUCCAAUCCUGCCAGUUUCCUGGGCUUCCUGGCAACCACCGCAGCGCAUAGAGCAGUCAUGUACGGUCGGCACAGAGAUCUUGCACCCUCGAACGACAAUCAUGACGAUCUCAUCCUAGACCCAGACUACGCCAGAGCCAAACACGAAGCGACAGUGGCCGUGCGCCAGAUCUUCCAGCAACGAGCAAUCGUCGAUGAGCAGAUGCUCGAGGCAUGUUUCGGGCUUAUUUCUACGGCUACGGUGGUGGGCAAUUUUGAAGAGGCGAGAUUACAUCUGAAGAUCCUUGACCGUAUCACUUCGCAGAUUGAGCUAUCUGAGCAGACCUCGAUGUGGCUCCCGAUUGCGAAUGUGAAGAUAUCCGUCGGCCUCCUCGAACGCCCAGUCAUGCCACUACCCUUCAAACGCGAGCCGGUACCUGACGCGACCCUACGCCGUAUAUCGCCUGGCCUGCCUAGCCAGAUGGCGCGCCUAGGAACAAGCUUUAUGCGACUCGACCAACUCAGCAACCCCCUCAGACGGCUCUUGUCGACGCAGACAGUCAUUUGCCAUCUUUGUGCAGCCAAAGCAGCAGAUUCGCAAAGCCCCUCAGCAUUGGAAACGUCGAUCUUGGUGAAGAAGUCCACAGAAGCAGAAUUCGAUUUGCUGGCUUACCCCUACGACGCCGAUGCUUUCCCCCGAAAUGCUCGCCAUGAGCCAGAGCUACCUGCCUUGGAAGGAAUUGUUCGGCUGGCAGCUCUCGGGAUGCUGUCGCUCGCGCCUCAUACAAUCAUGCCUGCGGCCGGGAACGGACGAGCCCUGACACAUCAUCAAAAGAGGGCAGUUGAGAAAUGGGUACUCGAGCAACACCUUUGGCACGCAGAAGCACUCCACGUCAUGUGCUGGGCGCUGCUAGUGUUCAUUCAGAACUCUCUGAAGCAGACAGAAGAAGCAUUCUUUAAAAAGCUCCUGGCGCAGGUGACACACUAUCUGGGGUUGUCGGAUUGGGAAGACGUCGAGAACGUUGUAUAUGGAUAUCUUUACAUUCACGGACUACAGUCGUCGACAUGGAAGGCUGUCUGGUUAGAUGUCUGCCGAGUCAGAGCACAGCUCUACCCUCGCGACGAAGAUCGUGACGUGGUCGAAAUAGCUCGGUAA